AAAAAUAUCUAAGGUUGUUUAAAUAACGUAAACUAAUAAAUGGACUGCCAAGGAGCCUUACAAUAUCCCAACAGACAACAGAUGACCUUUUGACGUGGUUGGCAGGAAGCUAGUCAGACCAUGGCCACUAGUCCUGCAGUCGGGGAGGGCCAGCUUCAAAGGAUUAUCAGAGAUCUACACGAUGCUGUAACAGAAUUGGCAAAGGAGUAUAAGGAGAGUGGCGAGCCCAUUACAGAUGACAGUCCUAACCUGCAGAAGUUCUCCUACAAACUGGAGUACCUGCUUCAGUUUGACCAGAAGGAGAAAACAACAUUUCUGGGUUGGAGAAAAGACUACUGGGAUUAUUUCAGUGAUUGUCUGGCCAAAAUCAAAGGAGCAAACAAUGGAAUUCGCUUUGUUAAAUCUAUUGCAGAGCUAAAGACGUCUCUGGGUAAAGGCAGAGCAUUUAUCCGUUACUCGCUGGUACACCAGCGACUCGCUGACACCCUUCAACAGUGCCUUAUGGACCAAAAGGUCACCAGUGACUGGUAUAAUUCCCGCAGUCCAUUCCUGAAACCUCAUCUCAGUGUGGAUAUCAUUAAUUACCUCUAUGAGCUCAAUGAUGUUCAAUUUGAUGUGGCUUCCCGGGGUCAUGACCUUGAUUCAGCAUGGCCCACUUUUGCAAGGAGAACACUGGGUAUGACUAGCUCUCCGAGUCACAUGUGGAAACCACCGAGUCGUAGUUCCAGCAUCAACAGUCUGGCCAGCACAUACUCACAGCAGGCUCAUGAGUUUCCUGGUAGUCCAGACUUUGGGCCUGGGCUUCUAUCUGACAUGUCUAUGCAAAACUCUAGUGGACUAAAUGAUUCUUCAGUUAUUGCUGUUGAUGAACUCCGCCUGGAGCUAGACCAGUCAGAACUAAAGCAAAGAGAGUUACUAGACAAGAUGCAGCAGUUAGGUGGAGAGGCGACUGAACUCCGUGGAGUUGUGGUGGCUCUCCAAAGCCAGCUGGACUUCUCUCUUGCUGCUCAAGCCAACCAUCAGGAGCUCCAGCAGAACUUGAAUGUGCUAGCUGAGAGAGAAAAAGUCCUAUCCCAUGAGCUAGAGGUCUUGAGGGGACGCGAGAAUGCCAGAGAAGCUUCUCAUAGGGACCUCCAGGACAUAUUGGCAUCAGCAGAGCAGAGAAAUGAGGAAUUAAUGGCUAAGCUAGAGGGGGUACUGAAUGAAAAAGGGCAGAAGGCUGCCAGCGACUUCAACUCCACCCAGAAGAUUCAUGAGCUGUUAAAUGAAUUGAAGGAGGCAGAAAGAGGGAGGAUUGAGGCUCUCACAGAAGGAGAAGAGAGGAGGAGGCAGGUAGAACAUCUGGCUGAGGAGGUCAGAAUGAAGGAGGAAGCACUCAAAGAGGGAGAGAUAAAAAUGGUCAGGUUGAUGGAGAAUGGUGAAAAACUCCAGACAAGAGCAGAAGAACAGCGUAAUGUCAUGGACAAACUCCAGGGGGUGCUUGCAGUCAGAGAGAAAGAGACCACUAACUUGCAGAGGCAAAUGCAAGAUCUACAGCACGUUCUGGAAACCAUGGAAAAGCAGACCAAAGAUGAGAAGAAGAGGAUGCAAGAGGACAAAGAAUACCUUAAGAAGACAAUGAGUGGUCUUGAAGGACAGCUCGAAACCCUACGGACACAGCUGAAGACCAAAGAAACUCAGCUUUUCUCCAGCACCAAGAAGGUCCAGUUUCUGGAGACAGAAUCAGAGAUGAUUAGGAACGAGAAACAGAGUCUGAAUGAGACUGUUAGGAAACUGGAAAAUAGCUACAAAGAUCAGACCAAGAAGAUUGACGAAUUCAAAGAUAGGUGUGCCGAGCUUAUUGAGCAAAACAGCAAGCUUCUCCAGACAAUGAAGAGGAAUGAGGAGACCAUAAAAAAGUUGAUCGAAAACAAAUCUGCAUUGGAGAGCGAGCUGGCUGGAUUGAGGGCUUCAGAGAAGCAGAUGCGAGCACAGAUUAAUGACGCCAAAGUGUCUGUUGAUGAACGAGAGCAGCGUAUGCGAGAUGAGAACAGGAGUCUGGAUGAGAGGCUGCAUAACGCCAACAUGAAGUUGCAGGAAUCGGAGAGUUCAGUUGGCAAACUGGAGCAGGAAAACAAGGACCUCAUAGAGGUUCAGGUGGCUCUUAAAGCAGCUCUAACGUCCAUGCAGGAGGAGGUACGGAACAUACAAAGCCAGAUUGCUGAACUUGAGACAAGUCUUGGAGCCGCAAGAUACAAUGAGGCAAACCUGGCUGCACAGCUUAAAGAUAGGGAUUCCCAGUUGGAGGCCAUGAAGAUGGUCAGCGAGGAACAUCAGAGAAGGGUGGAAAAACUUGAAGCUCGAGAGGAGGAGUUGGAAAUGGGGAAGAUGGAAACAGAGAGAGCCUUUGUUAAACAAACAGAGAUGAUGAAGAGUCUGGAGGUUCAGAGGAUGGCUGUGGAGAAGGUCCAGCUUGAACAAAGUGCAAAUCAGGCUAGAGAAACCCAGGAGAUGGCUUCAAAGGUGACUCUUCUUGAGGAUCAACUGGAAUUGAGUGUCAAGGAGGUGUCCAGGCUUCAGGAGGACAUGCUGGAUCUCAGAGCUAAACUCCACAGUGCGACGGAUGAGAGGGACAAGACACAAGCAAAGCUGGAGGUGACUGAGGCUUCUUGUGAAGAACUUCGGACCUUGACUGAACAACUGAAGAAGCAGGUAGAGGAGCAGAACCGAGCACAUGUAAAUGAGCUGCUGCAUUCUAGCGAACGACUACAGACUGUAACAUCUCAACUGGACCAGGAGACCUCUGUCUGUACUAAAAGAGCUGCUGAACUUGCCUUAGUACAAGAGGAGCUGGCAGACCUCAAGGCCCAGAAUGAAAGAUUAGUCCUGGAGAAUGCAGAGACCAGAGAAGGUCUCCACCGUGUCAACACUGAGAUGGCAGAGAUGGGAAUGACCAUUUGCCAGCUGACCACUGAGCGGGAAGAGGCCCGAGAGAGCUGGGCUACCAAAGCGGCUCAGUUCCAUGAACUGCAAGAGCAAGGUCUAAAGGAAACGGAGCGACUCCAUGCCAGCAUGGUGGCUUUUCGACAGGAAAAUUCAAGUCUACAGGAAGAACUACAGCAGGCGGAGAAACUUUCAGAGGCUUUGCUGGAGCUAAAGGAGCUGCUGGACAAAACCGAGGGUGAACGGAAUGCUGCUCGAGAAGAAACCGCAUCAGUGAAAUUUCAGAUGAGCACCGAGAGCAUGGCCUACCAAAACCAGAUAAAGAGUCUUAAUGGAGAGUUUGAGGGUUUGAAAUCACAAUUAAACAUGGAGAUGAAGAAGACAUCUGAACUGGAGGCCAAAGUGUCCGAGUUAGAGGAAGUAAAUAUGGAAUACUCCCGUCUUAUCGAGGAGAAAGACUCUCACAUUACUAAUUGUGAGACUUUGAUUCGUGAGAGGGAGUGCGAGACACAGCAACUACAAGAAAGUGUUACAAAUACCAAAGAGGCUCUCAGUGAAUUACAGGAGGAGAAAGAAGUGUUGAAGCAGAGGUUGGAUCAGGUGUUGACAGAUUCUCAGAACCAGCAUCUCAGUAUGGCUGCUAAACUGGAGGAUCUUGGCGAAACCAAGAGUAACCUUGAGGAACGGCUCAUUGAACUUAUUAGGGAUAAGGACGCUCUGUGGCAGAAAUCAGAUGCUCUGGAGUUUGAACAGAAGCUCAGAUCAGAGGAACAGUGGUGGUUGGUGGAUAAGGACACCACACACUGUCUAGACUGUCAGAGUCAGUUUACAUGGUGGCUGCGCCGUCAUCACUGCAGGUUGUGUGGCCGUAUUUUCUGUUACUACUGCAGCAAUAAUUUUGUGAUGACGAAAAACAGAAAGAAGGAGCGCUGCUGUCGAGAGUGUUACACGCAGCACAGCGCUGUGGUGGAAAGAUUCACGAAGACCGAACUCAGCAGCUCCACAGUGAAUCCACCAUCACUUCAGGAAAACACUGCCAGACAACCGCCACCCUAUAUACCCACACCCAGAGUUACAGUGACAGAUCCUAGUGAGAGACAGGACGAUGGGGUGUUUGACAUCAUAACUGAGGAUGAAGUGAAUGAGAUCUAUGACAGCGACUCACGCACCACCACUGAAUCACAAGAGGAAGGAGAUGGAGGGCCAACCGGAGACCUUGUAUCAAGUGAUUUGGCCCCUGAUGAACAGGAAGAAUUGGCACCUACAGUACAGGAUGCAGAAAUCAAUCUUCUCAAGUCAGGAGAACUCACUGCCUCUGUGCCUUUGGAUAUAGAUGAGAUUUCUCAAUUUGGUGAUGGUUCCCGUGAGCUCUUGGUCAUGUCCAGUUGCUAUAGUGCCAUUCCCAUCACUGUGGGCGACCGGGGACCCAUCAUCAGCUGGGUUUUCUCGUCUGAGCCAAAGAGCAUCUCCUUUACUGUGGUGCACAGAGAGACGCUUGACACACCUGUUGAGCAGGCCAAGGUUCUGAUUCCUCUGACACGCUGUAACUCGCACAAAGAGACCAUCCAAGGCCAACUCAAAGUCCGCAACCCUGGAGUCUACACGCUCAUAUUUGAUAACUCCUUCUCCAGAUUUCUCUCUAAGAAGGUCAACUAUCACCUGACCAUUGAGAAGCCAAUAAUCUAUGAUGGAAGUGACCUCCCUUAGGCAAAGCUUUGUUGUAUGUGGUGUCCUAAUGUUUUUAUUGAUCUCAAACCUGUUCCUGUGUGCCAUUAGUUCCAUGUUCCGUUGGUGUAGUCUAGUAUACGUGAGUGUUUAUAUUUUAGUAAGAUAGUGUAUCUGUUGCAAGAAUUGUUUGCUUUUAUUAGUUCACUUUCUUUGUGAAUACAGAGAAAAUACUGUAAAUGGAUUUUAUGCUCAAAGUAACACUACAGAGGAAUGAAAAUGUCAAGAAUUUAGUGAUAAAGAGCCGUUUUAGCAAACUACUACAAGCUUUAAAAAUGGACAAUUCAGAAAACUCUUCAGAAAACAUCUAACUGCUUAUGAUGGCAACAUCUAUGUGAGAGACAGGUGAGUGUCUUGCAGAUGACAAAAUGGUUGUUGUUCCCAAAGAUAUCACACUACAUUUUCACUACAGAUGUCCAAUAUUGCACCGCAUGCUCUGAGAUUACCAAGUACACAGAAAUACAGUUAUGUUUGUGCCGCGUCAAGCACUUUUGAACUAAAAUGCCAUUUUCCACUUAAGGUCAUCAACAUAUUUUUGGAAGAGCAUUCUGUGUCUAAUAUACACAGUUUUUCAUCUCACUAACUAUUUUUUACUGACAAGACAACUACUUAAACGCUUUUCUUGUGUCAGCCAUAUAAUUAUAUGCACAAUGCAUACAUGCAAAUAUGGUUUACUCCAUUUCGUAUUUGGAUAGGACACAUUCAUAGUCUUCCUCUUGCUGGUGUUGAUUUAAAUGAAAUAGCACAUACAUGAUACUCAUUUAGCAUUUGCACAAAGUAUAUUUUUUCAAAUAUAAUGCUGAUGUCAUUUCUAAGUGCUAAGGCAGGGUUUACUGAAGUUAUAAUAUUCAGAAUAUUUUUCUACAUGUUUCAUGAGUCAUUUUGGAGGUUUUAAUUCAUUGAAUAUAAAGCAUUGUAUUCUCAUCCAAAAAUGAGUUAUAUAAACACUAAAACAGUUAAAACGUUUUUUUACUCGCUAUUAAAGCAAGUAUGCAAGACUCAAGUUUAUUCAGUGUUGAGGUUCAUUAAUAAUUUACUCUGUGACAAAGCAGAACCAGACUGCUGCUCCUAUGAAGAUCUGUUUGUAUAUUUAUAUGACAUUUUGGGUCGUUUUUGAUGUGCAAUUUUAACCAUUUUCUUAAUAGAUCUUGUACUUUUUUAGGAGUACAUUUCUUAAGUAGUAUUUUAAAUACAUUGUACGUUUUAAAGUAAUUUGAAAGUUGGAUAAGUGCUUAAUUUGUGUACAUCACUGAAUGUAGCGCUGAUACUUGUGAAUCUAUGCAAUCACAGUGCAAUGUUUACAAAUUGCAAACCUUUAAAAUGCAAUAAAGUUUGUCAGU